GGCAACACCAGCCAGCCUACACAACAAAGGCAACACACACAAUUCGUAAUAAUUAAAAAAACAGAAACUACGCCACGGAAUUUAAACUCUAAACAAACUUUAACAAUUUCGGGUAUCAAAAAGUAUACAGCAAACGACAAAUCGAAUAGUUUUGCAAUAAUUGUUAUUUGGCAUACCAAACGAGAAAUUAGUCUUUAACAAACAGCCAACACAUACAGCGGAAAAAUGGCACGCGGUCACCAAAAAAUUCAAUCCCAAGCUAAGGCCGCCGAGAAGCAGGCAAAGAUGAAGAAGCAGCAGGGUCACAGUGCCAACGACCAGAAGAAGGCGGCCCAAAAGGCGCUUGUGCAUGUGUGUGUGCUGUGCAAGUCACAAAUGCCCGAUCCUAAGACUUAUAAACAGCAUUUCGAAAACAAGCAUCCUAAGAAUGAUAUGCCCGAGGAGCUGAAAGACUUGUAAUGUGCCGGGGGCAAUAAUAAUAAUAGAGGAAACGAAUUAAAUGAAAGAUGGAAUUAUCAACAAAAUGACGAGUUGCCUACCAGAACGAUAGAAAUAAUAAACAAAAACACAAUUGCAACAAUAUAAAUUUAAACAUUCAACAUUUUUGGAAUUAAAUGGAAUGAUCGAA